CCUUCCGGCUCCGGCCCCGCUCCGGCUCCGCCGGCCCCGGAGCGGCCCCGCAGCGCCCGUUGCGCCGCCCCUGCCCUUCCCCGGGACCCGGAGUGGCGGCCGCAGGAAGGAGGAACCUGCUCGGCGGUCGGGCUCUGCCAUCCCUCACAGCACGAACCACCAUGAACAAGAUGAAGAACUUCAAGCGGAGGUUUUCACUCUCGGUUCCCCGGACAGAGACCAUCGAGGAGUCGCUGACGGAGUUCACGGAGCAGUUCAACCAGCUCAACAACCAGAGGAAUGAAGACCUGGCUCAAGGGCACCUGCAGUUGGGACACCUUGGCCGGGACUUCCGAGCAGACACCAGCCCCAUCUCCCCAUCGGAGGGGGAAGGCCAGAGCCCAAUGGCCGUGCGCUACCGCAACAGCACCCAGCGCCGCUUCUCCAUGGAGGAUGUCAGCAAGCGCCUCUCCCUGCCCAUGGACAUCCGCCUGCCCCCCGAGUUCCUGCAGAAGCUGCAGAUGGAGAGCCCGGAGUUCCCCAAGCCCCUCAGCAGGAUGUCCCGACGCGCGUCCCUUUCAGAUAUUGGGUUUGGGAAGCUGGAAACCUAUGUUAAACUGGACAAACUGGGAGAGGGCACUUACGCCACUGUCUUCAAGGGGCGCAGCAAGCUGACCGAAAACCUCGUUGCCCUGAAGGAAAUCCGCUUGGAGCAUGAGGAAGGGGCACCUUGCACGGCCAUACGGGAAGUGUCCCUGCUGAAGAACCUGAAGCACGCCAACAUCGUCACCCUGCACGACAUCAUCCACACGGAGCGGUCCCUCACCCUCGUCUUCGAGUACCUGGACAAUGACCUCAAGCAGUACCUCGAUAACUGUGGGAACCUGAUGAGCGUGCACAACGUGAAGAUCUUCAUGUUCCAGCUGCUGCGGGGUCUGGCUUACUGUCAUGGGAGGAAGAUCCUGCACCGAGACCUCAAACCCCAGAACCUACUCAUCAAUGAGAGGGGGGAGCUCAAGCUGGCUGACUUUGGACUAGCCAGAGCCAAGUCAGUCCCUACAAAAACAUAUUCCAAUGAGGUGGUCACGCUGUGGUACCGGCCCCCCGAUGUCCUGCUGGGAUCUACCGAGUAUUCCACACCCAUCGACAUGUGGGGCGUUGGGUGCAUCCACUACGAGAUGGUCACCGGGCGGCCCAUGUUCCCCGGCUCCACCGUCAAGGAAGAGCUGCACCUCAUCUUCAGGCUGCUGGGAACUCCAACAGAAGAGACCUGGCCUGGGAUAACGUCCAAUGAGGAGUUCAAGGCUUACAACUUCACGCAGUACCGAGCGCAGCCCUUAAUAAAUCACGCCCCAAGGCUGGACUCAGAAGGCAUUGACUUGCUGAUGAACCUCCUUCUGUACAGAGCCAAGGGCCGGAUCUCGGCGGAGGCAGCUCUGCGGCACCCGUACUUCAAGAGCCUGGGGGAGCGAGUGCACCUCCUGCCUGACAAUGCCUCAAUCUUCUCCCUGAAGGAGAUCCAGCUCCAGAAGGACCCUGGCUACCGAGGCUCAGCCUUCCAGCAGUCAGCCCGAGGGAAGAACAGGAGGCAGAGUAUAUUUUAAACCUGGAUCUCGUGUUCCCCUCGUCACCAUGGAGAUCAGAGCACUGAGAAAGGAGACGCAGCUCCCUCCCGACCCACCGCACAAUUACUGACUCCAGCAGGACGAUGCUGAAGCGCCCUUGGCCUUAGGCUCUCCCCUGCCUGUCCCCACCACCACAGCCCCUAAUAGCUGCUGUUGAGGGUCCUGUUGCCUUUCUCCCCUCUUGUUGUCGUGUUACCUGCACGUGAAGCACAAAACCCAGGGCAGCCCUUCCUUAUUUGCCCUUGCCUCUCUAAAAUCCCUUUUUCUCUCCCCAUCUUUUGUACCUGAAUCCUGACUAGGAUGGAGCAGCUGGGAGGAGGGGGUUCCCACUGCUUCCCCCAACAUCUCCCCUUCCUUGCCUCCAUCGUGUUUCCAAAUUCACCCAGCUGGAUGCUCCCCAGGGAUGUCCUGAGCUGUGAGAGCAAGGCCUGGCUUAUCCUGCCUGGGGAGCAGAUACCUGGUGGUGGGGCUGUGCAGAAGUGGAGCCUGAUGUUGGUGCUGUGCUGCCUCCAAGGCCUUCAUCCAGCCCUUCCCAAGCACCGAUGGAGCAGCCCCGUCCUCCUCUCGGAUCCUGCACCCCACCACCCUCUGCCAGCGUCACGAGGGGCAGGACACGGCUCCCAGCCAGCAUCUCCCCCAUGCUGAGCAUCCUCUGCACAGCAGCGUGUUGCACACACCCACCUCAGUGCGGCUCUACCCAGAGGAAGGGGGGAGAGGUGCCAAACCUCCCACAGCUCAGCUGUGGGGACCAGAAAUAGACCCGCAGAGAAGCAAAGCCUCCCUCAAACCUCUCUGCCUGGCCUCUAUGUUUGCAGCCAGCACCAGAUCGCACCAGCCCUGACUGGGACUGAUGCUGUGUGACCGGGAUGUGCGCUGAGGAAUGAACGUGCUCUGCUGGCCAAGGACUGCUCCUGGUGUGUUUUCCCCUCUGUACUUCAGGAACGUGCCAAAUCCACCCCGAGUGAAGAGGUCCCUGCUGCACCUCUCCCCCACAGCCCACAAACAGCCUCAAACGUCUGCGAGUGUGUGAGCGUUGUCUCCCCACUGUAUGAUAUCCACAGCCCUUUAUGGCUGUCUCGGCUCACUGGUCCUCUCCCCCCCUCCAUCCUCCAGCCGUGGAUGUGGACAGGACACUGGGGACUUGGCAGGUGCUGUGACCAUCACCUGGCGCUGGGACUGGCAGGACAUGCUGAUGUCUUCAUCCCUCAUGCUCUCCCAGGGGAGCAAGGGCUGUUUCCUGCUCUGCUCCUCUUGUUUGUUCUGUGAUCCUUGGAAAAUGCAGAGUGUGAGGAUAAACGUGGAGACCCUGGAGGUCCCCAAAGCUUCUGGGGCGGCUCCUCCCUGUGCCAGUGCUUGCUGCGCCCUCUGAGCCCCCCCCCCGGUCCAACCAAAGCUGUUCAUUCGGGUUUGUCCUAGACAAGCAUCCAGACGUCUGCAUUGUUUGAGGUUUGCCCAUCCCUGCUCCGUUCCUCUCGCGCUGUGUCCAGCACAGAGCAGGCUGAAUAGUUCAUUAAUUGUUUCCAGUUGAUAGGGAAGAGCAUGAGCAGCCACCAGUGAUGCACUUCACCCCAUGGCAGGGGAGUGACUGCCUGGUGCCUGCACCCGGCUCCUGCUCCAUGGGGCUUUGCAGUGGGGAGGCUCACAAAGGGAGGAGGAAGCCUCAACCCUCCCGUUGUCAUCUUUUCUUUCACAAAGGCAUCUUACACAGGAAUCUCCUUGGCAUGGCAGGGUCUGCAGGGCAGACACACACUUCCCAGGGCAGCUCCCAGCAGGAACGAGCUCAGCAGACAGGCUCACAGACACAGCAUCCUCUGUGCGGGUCCAUGGGGUGAAGAGUGCUGAUGUGCCCGGGGAGUACAGCCCCUGCCGUGCUUUGUGGGCAGGGAGAGCAGGAACCCCCUCCCCACACCCUGGAGGAGCUCAUCCUGGAUGUCUGACCUGUCUCUGUGUGCAUUGCUUGCUUGGCAUUGUCAUCCCCAUGCACGGAGAUUGCCUCUUGCUGGGGCUGUCACAGUGGGAGGAUGGGGGCACAGCACAGCCCAGCACCACCUGGUGCAGGCUCAGCUCUCCCCGCAGGAGAGAGAGAUUCCUUUGGAAGGUCAGGGUCACCUCCAGAGCGGAAAGCCCUAGCAAUGACCAUGCAGACAGACCUGCCUUGCCUGGGAUCAGAUAGGAAAGCCCAAGAGCCUCUCAGCUGCUGUUUAUUCUUUAGUAGCCUUUGCCUUUCCCCAUACAAAGGAAACACUAAUAUUUAUUAGCCCGGUGAGCUACUGACAGCCCAAAUACAAGAUAACCCCUUUUGUUGAGUGGGUAUUUGAUUCCUGUGUGUCAAUAUUUGGUGUCCCACCGAGUAAGAGUUGAUCUCCCAAGCUCCUGUUGCCACUGCCCUGGCUCAUGCAGGGCCCUUGAGGACCAUGGGUCUGACAGGGAUUGUGAUGGGGAUCUCUUGGACUAAGGAAGUAAUAACCCCUGUGCUGGGCACUGCAAGUGCUGCCAGGAGGAUGGAGCCAGGAGGGGCCGGGCUCUGCUCCCAAGGAACAAGGGAUGGGACAAGAGGAAACGGCCUCAAGCUGCACCAGGGCAGGUUU